UGCUGAGUGAAUACAACGCAACAAGCUAGUCAUCUUAGCCUUUAGUCUCUCUUGUCUCAGCAUUUUCCCAGAAAGAAAAACAUAUACGAAUAAGUCUUCUUGUGUUUUUUCUUUUUCUUUCUUUCUCUUUAAGAGAGCAAGAGAAGAAGACAAGACUAUAUAUAGAGCACCUGCUUUUCUUUUUUGCCUUGAAAGAGCCUUGGUGGUACCACUAGUACUACUGGACGGAAUAAGCAAAACCAGGUGAUAUGGGUAGACCUCCUUGUUGUGAUAAAGAAGGGGUCAAGAAAGGUCCUUGGACUCCAGAAGAAGAUAUCAUUUUAGUCUCUUAUAUUCAAGAACAUGGUCCUGGGAAUUGGAGGGCUGUUCCUACUAAUACAGGUUUGCUUAGAUGCAGUAAGAGUUGCAGGCUUAGAUGGACUAAUUACCUUCGACCAGGGAUCAAACGUGGUAACUUCACAGACAAUGAAGAGAAGAUGAUCAUACAUCUUCAAGCACUUUUGGGCAACAGAUGGGCUGCUAUAGCUUCAUACCUUCCACAGAGAACAGAUAAUGACAUUAAAAACUAUUGGAACACCUACUUGAAGAAGAAGCUCACUAAGAUUCAAGCAGGUCUUGAAGGCUCUUCUCAAUCAAGAGAAGGGUUUUCAUCUUCACAGCCAAGUAUGUCCAGAGGCCAGUGGGAAAGGAGGCUUCAAACUGACAUUCGUAUGGCUAAGCAAGCUCUGUCCGAGGCUCUGUCUCCUGAGAAGUCGACCUCUUUGACUGAACAGAAACCCUCCUCGUCCGAGACCCUUUCAACCACAAAACAGGUGCCUCAAUCAUCAACCUAUGCUUCCAGCACAGAAAACAUAUCUAGAUUGCUUAAAAGUUGGAUGAGAAAUCCACCAAAGAGGGCUAAAACAGCUCCGAGUUCACUUAGUCACUUGGGCACAACUGGGGCUGAUUAUACUUCUAGUGAAGGAACUACCCCACUAAGUACGACAUCAGCAAAUAACAAUGGGAAUAAUAUUGAUUUGUCUGAGGCCUUUGAGUCCUUGUUUGGUUUUGAGUCUUUUGAGUCUUCAAAUUCUGAUUUUUCUCAGUCUAAUAAUAUGUCCCCAGAGGGUAGCUUAUUCCAAGAUGAGAGCAAGCCAGAUCCUAAUGCUCAAUUGCCAUUUUCAUUGCUUGAGAAGUGGCUGUUUGAUGAAAGUGGUACUCAAGGGAAAGAAGUAGUACUUAGUGAUCUGAUUCUAGAUGAAAAUGCUAAUUUUUUCUAAUUAGUAUAUAGCUAUAGCUUCUCCCCUCCUUUUGGUGCUUUCAUAUAUUGGUUUAAUUUUGCUUACUUUUGGAUCUACAACUACAGUAUCAUCUUUGGAACUGAUUGAAGCUGGAAAGUUUGGUAGUUUGCCCUUUUGAUGCUAUAACAGAAGAAAGUGUAAAUUUUCAUAUUUAUUAUUAAUUCGUGUUAGAAGUUCUGGUUGAUGAUGAGAUUAAUAAACUUGUCCCAUGUUUUUUUUCUCUUUCAUUCGAUCAAAAUGUGAUCUUUUGUGAUCUGGAUCGAUGAUAUGAUUUUUAACUUGUACCAAAGAGAGAUAUAUAGUGAUCUUGUGUUCGAUUGUAAUGUAGAGCAUGAAGUUCUCUAAGGAUAAGAAGUUGACCUUAUUACUGUAGCUAGACACCUGUGAUCAAUAUAUAUAAAUAUAUUUGUUUUAAA